AAUUGACUUUUCGACAUUCCCCGCCAAUUUCUAUCCACCAUUUUUCUCUACUAUAACGACCGAAACGGAUUUCGAUGUAAACAUAAUUCGACCUAUCGUUAAUAUGAUGUCAAUAAGAAGCGAUCUCGCGGGUUACGGAUAGGUGUAACCGGUCGGCUAUAUAUAAACGAUGGCUCCUGGUCAAAAUACCUUCUCCAUCAUCCCAAACGCGCCAUGUGCUAUCAAUGGCAACUCGGACGCUUCCGCAUCCCGCUCUACCAUACGGCCUAUGACCACUAAGCAAGCCAAGAAAGCCUACAGCACAGCAAAUAAGGGACCGAAGUUAUCCAAAGCCGAACGACGUCGUCAGGAACUUUUCGAGCAAGACCGUAUACGAAAAGAGUUCGAGAAAGAGAAGAAUCAGGCUCGGGCGAAAGCUGCACGGGAUAAAAAAAAGGAGAAGGAAGAGAAAGAACGCGCGGAGAAGAAAAAGAAGGGGUUACCUUUGGUUGAUGUUCAUCCAUCGCAAGACACAAUCUCCUGGUUUGUUCGUGGUGAUCGGAAAAAGAAACAAGGAAGUCCAGCGGUAAGCCUGUCGGCUGUCAAUAGGGAUGAUAGCGAUAGUAGUUGUGCCCUAUCAGCUAGGGGUGAUUCCGAACCACCCCUCAAAAAGCAAAAGACAGCAUCUCCAGAGCCGAAAUGUAGUCCAAGUCCCCCAAACGCGAUUGACGAUUCGACGGUGACAGCUCCGGAUUUCAACGUCGGAGAAGCUUCUCCAGAAGUCGACGGACCUAUACCUCUUGAGCAAAACGCAACACCGGACCGCCCCAGCGCCCAUCAAGAUGACCCCGACAUGACUGAGUCACUUCACGACGAUGACAUUUUGAAUGAGUUGAUUGAGGUUGCGAGUAGCCCACUUGUUAAUACGACCACUGCGGUAGAUAUGAAAUGUUCCCGUCUGAAAGACGAGGCGAUUCCUAGCACACAACUACCGUUAAAACCAUCCGAUUGUCCUUCCCAUCUACCUACAUCAACUAAGAAGCUAUCACAAAAACAGAAAGCAGAGGAUAGUGCAUCGCCGCCUUCUGUUCAGUGUCCACUUCAACCCCUAAAUACAAGCCGUAUCAACUCGAGACUAAAUAAUCCGCCUAAGGAACCAAUUCCUGAUCAAGCGAAACCGCCAGCUCCUGUACAUACUUCGAUGGUGGAUUCUCCAAAGCAAUCAGAGGUACUCCAACAAUCCGUCUCAACAUCUCGGGCUUUCCGACAUCCUAUAACUCCGAUGGGGCCACCUCCAGUUCCGCCGAAAUUCAGACCUCGUAACCAUGUAUCGACCAAGGGCCUCAAAACACCACCUUUCCUACACAAACAGACACCGAAAUCUAACGUCAACCAUGCGGCUCAAGAGACACCAGAAGAGCAGUUGCCAACAAGUACCCAAUUGUUUAUGCUCGGUCACUUAGAUGACUUCUUUCCCAGUCCUUCUCAGGAAGUCCGAGAACUUUUUGGUGAAUCGAAGCCCGGCACUGGGGCGAAUAGCGAAGGGCCAAAGCCAAAGAAUCCGCACUCGAUUCGCUUGCCUCCGAAUAGGCGCCUUCCCACUAAGUCAAUAUUAACUGCGUCGAACACCAGUCCUCUAGCCCCAGCUAUAAAAGAAAGCAAGUUGAGAAAGGGCCCAAGUCCGAAGGAAAAGCCGUGUAUCCAGAUGAGGGAAUUACCUUCGCCUACGGUCGCAAAUCCCCAGUCAUCGGAUCAGUCAGACGCAUUCGAUAUGCCAUUCUUCUCGACACAGGAUUUCUUCCUCUCAUCACAAGAUAUGAAAGAUAUUGAAGAAGAGACGACAUCCCCGACGGGUCUAAAGUGGGGGCGCAUUAACCCUCAAUACAAAGAAUUGCCUCCAGAGCAUGGCUUUUCUUCCCUUCAAGCGACCAGAAACAUCACCAGUACCGAGUCAACCACAUUAACGUCUAAAUCAGCCCCGAGACAGGUCAAAGGACCAGAAUCCAUUGUUCGAUCGAGACUCACCAACGACAAGGACUUGUCGACUCAUUCUCAAUUACCUAGUAAGCCUACGGAGCGUUUUGAGAGCUCUACCCCAGCAUCCGCGCAACUAAGGGGAAACCACUCGCGAAAGUAUGAUCUCGGAAUUGAACACAGGCCUCCGGAGAAACUUGGGAACGGAAAAUCUACGACGAAUCAAGGCCCUCAGAACAAGGCCCUCAGAACAUCACAAGCCAAGGACUCGGUAAUACCACAGCGUAAUUCCCCUAAAUCCUUCUUCGCGGCGAGCGGCAAAGAGGCCCAUUACAAAUACGCUAUCGAAAGAAGGAAGACAAUUGCAUGGGAAAGCGUUUCGACCCGACAAAAAGUUCGGGAUGAGUUAGAGGACAUCCAGAAAUCCGAGGACGAACGUUUAGAUAAGUUACUGCUUGAGGCCGAAGCAGAAAUUGUGCAUACGCGGAUGGGCGACACCCGCAUAUCCAGCUCAAGUCCGAAAGCAAACGAAGCAGGCUCUCAGCGAUGUAAUCAAUCGCAGCCACGGUCUAUCAACCAGCUGUCGAAUUCAGCAGAGAAGAAUGCGCAGAGCCAAAGGAUAAGCCCGCCGAACGAGGAACGCCAACGCCCGAAACAAACUCGUAGUUCAUACGAAAUGAUGUUGAAAAUGUUAGGGUCAGAUGAGCAAAAGAAAAAUCAGAACCAGAAGCAGGAACAACAUGCAAUACCUGCAUCUCAGGAGACUGACUACGGGGAAAUCGGAUUGGAUGACUUUCUUUCCGAAAUGUUAUAGCAUCCUGGUUUUUAUUCAACAACAAUGGAUAAAUAAGUUAAAUUGGGUGUUGCUGCUCAGCUACGAGCUAAAAUUUGCAUGUCUGUUAGAUACGGAUGGAAGAGCUAGGAUAGACUAAAAGGAGGCGCCAGCCACAAGAAGUAGGUAGUAUACCAAAUGAUGAAGCCUAUGGAUUAAGAA